AAGGUUUUUUUAGAUACACACAUCCCUAAACCCUGCUUGCGUCCCCUACACUCUUCUCCUUUCUUGACCAAAUCCCACUCCCAUAAACCCCUCUUCUCCCAACCCCAAUCUCAGAUUCUUCGACCCUUUAAUCCCCUUCAAUCCCCUCUCCGAUCACCAAUGGAGGUCUUGCGGCGGAGCUCUGCCGACGACGACAAGCCCUGGCCGCCGGGCUUCCGCUUCCACCCCACUGAUGAGGAGCUUGUACUUUACUAUUUGAAGAGGAAGAUCUGUGGCCGAAAAAUCAAGCUCGACGUCGUCGGCGAUAUCGACGUCUACAAAUGGGACCCCGAGGAAUUGCCUGGGCUUUCUAAGCUGAAAACUGGUGAUAGACAAUGGUUUUUUUUCAGUCCAAGAGAUGGGAAGUACCUAAAUGGGGCAAAAUCAAAUAGGGCAACCAGACAUGGGUAUUGGAAAGUUACUGGCAAGGAUCGUACUGUGGCAUGUAAUUCUCGCAAUGUUGGAGUCAAGAAGACAUUGGUUUUCUAUAGAGGUCGCGCCCCUAAGGGUGAGCGUACCGACUGGGUGAUGCAUGAAUACACUAUGGACGAGGAGGAGCUGAGCAGAUGUACAAAUGUACAGAGUUAUUAUGCUGUUUAUAAGGUCUACAAAAAAAGUGGACCUGGUCCGAAAAAUGGUGAGCAAUACGGAGCACCAUUUAAAGAAGAAGACUGGGUUGAUGGCGAAUUCUGUGAUUUUAAUAACUCUGAUGAUCAAGAGAUACCUGCUGAGAAACCUGAUAUGGAUGCCACUGUCAUUGAGAGAGAGACUUGCCAAGCUACACAUUUUUCAUUGGAUAAUCUUGAUAUGUGGAUGAAACAAAUUUCUGAUGAGGCCCUAUUCGAGUUUCCAAAAGCUGGUCCUUGUGACAACUCCUUAUCCCUGGGUGGUUGUCAAGAAGAUCCUGUGAGUACCAUUGAUCUACAUUCACAAGAGCAUAUCCUUCCUAGAUCAGUUGAAGUGUCUAAUUCCAAGCAGCAGCCAAGUAUUGCGCCUGAAAGUGACUUCAUCAACUCAGAUAUCUCUGAACUGCAUCCAUUCCAGAAUCAUGAGGCCAAAUCUGCUCCGAAAGUUUCUCAACUAACUAGUUUUCUAUUUGAGGACGAUUUUCUGGAAUUAGAUGAUCUUGGUGGUCCUGAAUUUAAUCUAUCAAAUACUGAAAAACCAUCUGGAUCUGGGAACUUGCAGUCUGAAGAGUUAAACGGUCUCUACGACCUUGAUCAAUUCCAUGAUGCAGCCAUGUUCCUUAAUGAUUUGGGUUCUUUUGAGUUUGGAAACUAUUCAGAUUUAUAUGAGAAUGAAAAUGCGAAUAAUCUGGCAAACCCCAUGGAUGGUCAGUUUCAAUCCAAUCCCAAUGGUGCAAACGCCAGCCAGAUCUACAAUCAAAUGCCUAAGCCUGAUUCAGCCUUAAAUGGCUUAGCUUUAUCAGAAUUGCAACGAACUUCAGGUGUGUUGUGUGACUCUUCAAAUUUUGUGGCCGAAACAAAUCAAAAUGAAGUAGGGGAGGACAGCUCUGCUAGUCGUGUCUCUUCUGCUCUCUGGGCCUUUGUUGAAUCUAUACCUACUACCCCUGCAUCAGCUGCAGAAAAUGGUCUGGUUAACCCAUCAUUUGAUCGAAUAUCGAGCUUGAGUAAGUGGAGAAUAAGUAUGAAAAGCACGACGGUUUCUGCAAUUGAUUCUUCAUCUCUUAUGAGUAGGAGAACUGGCAGGACCAGAAAGGGUAGGCUCUUUCUCUUCUCUGUUGUAGGAGCAUUAUUUGCCAUCUUAUGGGUAUUUUUAGGAGCUGUUAGACUGUGGCAAAGAUGCAUAUCCUUAUGAAUCUGGAAAUGACCAAUUUUCAACUUUGUAAAAAAGAAAAUGAAAAAAAAAUGAAAAAAGUUGACAAAAAUUUUAAAAAGAUAAAAAUUAAAUUGUAAAAUGUGAAUAUUAAUAUCUUUGAGUAAUUUUUGGAUGUAAAGAGUAUAUUUUUUUAAGUGGUGGUACAAGUUUAUAAUGCAAGUUACUAUUAACAAC